AUGGCCAGUAAGGGCCCCCGGCCUGCCUGCGUCGAGGAUUACGACGAAGAAGGCCACGCCAUUGUACCCGACACUAGACUUUCUGCCAAUAUUGCUGCCAAUACAGCUGCCAAAAUAUCCUCGAGGUUGGGAAAAUUCCAGGAGCCGCUGAUCGACGCCGCCAGUGACUCAGGUUAUUCUAGUCGCACCGCCGCUACGGUUAAUAGCACCCAAUCUGGGCCGUCGGGCGGAAAAAGUCCCCCGAUCCCUCUUAAGCCAGACGCCCCCAGGCGUACCAACCUCGCCAGGAAAAGUUCAACCAGAGAACGCAAGGAAAAGGAACGCUCACGACCCUCGCGCGAAGAGAAGAUGGUUGGUGCCUAUCCGGGCGCUGCCCAUCAUGCUCACGUGCACCGGUCGCCGUCCAAGUCUCGACGAGAAUCUUCCUACGCUCGCCAAUAUCACGAUAGUUACCACGAAUACGGUGCUCCUCAGUACCACCAAUCAACCCCGAUGGACCAUCGACAUAGCGAAUAUGCCUACUACCACCAGCGUCCACCCGUCCCAGAAUACUCAUCGUCCCCGCACACUGCUCGAUAUCCAGCUGGCGUCAUAGAGAAUAUUCAUGUCAGUAACCCUGGUCGAGCUAGCCGCUCCGCUUCGUACCAUACCUAUCACCCAAAUGGACGACCCAUGAGUUUCCAAGGGGUACCACAUGGAAUGGGUUCAGGAAUGGCAUCUCCGAUGUACUCCCAGCACGGAUACGAUCAUGGCCCUCCGCCAGCCAACUCAGCAUACAUGCAACCAUACUCGUCAUCUCCAUAUGGACAACCUUCCUACUACGCCCCAUCUGUCUCGGACUACGCCCCCUCAGAUUAUGUACGAGAGCGGUCCGAGUCCCGGGAGCCACGCCCUCGGUCCUCAUCUAUCUAUGCCCCCCCUCCCCCACCCAUGGAUACUGGGUAUGAACCAUGGUAUGAUGAGGAGCCUAUUGAACACUAUUCCUCACGAGAAGCCCAUGACCGCCCUCCCACAAGGCACCAGGAACAUGAUGAAGACUACUAUCGGAUGCUGCCACCCCCCAGGCCAAAGCCCAGGUCUGCCCCGCAGAUUCACCAGGCGAAACGACCAGAGCGGCCAGAUCUACCACGGAAAAUGCCUACCUCUGCCGGUAUUGUACACUCCCGUCGCUCAUCCAGAGGCAUGGACCGAGAGCUGGACCGCAUGGACAUGCCGGAACUUGCGUCUGCCUUGCCAGUGAUUCAGGAUCGCGCCCAUCGUCGAAUGUCAAGGGAAGUCCCGUUACCAGAGAGAACCCAUAGCCUACGAGAUACCCGACGAUCAACGUCCUACCAGGAUGAUCGACGGAGUGCUCAGGUGGCCGUGGCGAGCUCUCGGCGGCGUAAGCAACCCCAAUACUACUACGAUGAACCAUCUAGCGCCAGCGGCGACCUCGAAGACCGCGAGCGUGACGCCGAGAACUACCAGGCAGCCCGAUCCGGCCGAACCUCAGCAGCUGCGCUACCUCUAUCUGCAGAAGCCUUACUCCCUACCAAAACGUCUCACGGCAAUGGGAGUGAGAGUGGUAGCCAGAAGAGUCGUAGCAGCCGCGACAGUGCCACAGCCUCACGGAAGGAAGAUGACAAAAAUAUGACCCUCAUGUUAAACGGAUUCCAAAUUGGAUUUACAUCUGAAUCAGUUGCAGGGAAAUCUAUUAACAUUCGUGCUGGAGAGACCGGGGCUGUUCGACUGAACAUCGGCGGCACGCGGCCAUCCAAGCAGCAUGUGAACGGUACUAGCUCUGAUUAUACGGGCGGCUCCAGCCGCCGGGCACUUGAAGAUGUGGCGCGGCGUCCCAGGGAUGAUAGGCGGCCUGAACGAUCUCGUCGAGACAGCCGGUCAGCCUAUGGGACACGCUACAACUAA